ACGAGUGACCAGGUUGCAUGGACCCAGGCAAUUUCUCUGACCGUCCUCUCCAUCUGUGGGACGCGUGGUGUGUGCUCCGCCAUCGGUCUUUUCAGUCAGUUCUCGGCUGUCUCUCCGGGCGAAACUCGCAGCAUCUGAGCAUCAGCCACUCGUGAAAUUUCGAGAGCUCCUUCCUUUAGCUCGGAAAAUUCGUUCGUUGAGAGUGCGGUUGUGCGAAACGAACGACGUUGGGCUUGACAAGAUGAUUAUGCACGGGACUUGCUACGUGUCCGAUGACGGCGAGUGGAUCGAGGCGUUCGACGAAGACGACGACAAUGACUUUGCCCGAUUAGCUAACCCGACUUUCUUGGGCCGAGAUCUGGCCCAGGGAGACUUGGAUUUCUUUGAUCUGGACUUUGAUUUCAAUCCGAUAUUUCAUUUCCCCCCAUCGGAUCAGCCUCAUCGACCUCCGUUCUUGGCGUCCGAAAUGCCUUCUCUGCAGCCCGGCAAUCCGUUUGAGUUCAAUCGGGGCGUUUUGGACUCGGUGUACAAGUCAUCAGCCUCUCACGUUUAUCCACGCCCACCGCCCUCCAUGCCUUCGUCCCGCUCCGGCACGCCCACCCUAGAAGAGGAGGAAUACCGCCGUGCCGCUCGUCGAAGGUCGCUCAGCAAAACCCGAAACACGGUGCCCAGCUACACGCAAGCAUUGUGCUCCGUGUCCAAGAGAAUCCGGGAGCAAUCCCUACCCACCCCGGAUCCCACCCCACGAUUUCAAAGUCGGAGCAAUCGGCGGCUAGCUGCGGCUCAGCGAUUCUCGGCCUCAGACAAGCCGCCCAUCCCGAACUCUGACUACUACAAGGGCUACGUCAAGUCCAUUUACGAGAAAGAGCCCUUGUUCAAGGAUUUCUACGACCACAUUCCCACUCAAAAUCGGAACUUCUACAGUCGGGACUCGUUGAACCAGCUCAAGAGCGAUUUCCACGGGAUGAUUGGUGAUCAGAGAUCGGGUGCGAGCGGGACUUCCAUCCCAGACCCGGUUCUCUACCAUGAGAUGACGAGCAAGCUCUAUCCGAGUCGAGCCACGGCUCUCAAGGACCCUGUGCCCGCGAGCAUUCGCCUGGAACAGAUUCGAUCCUCUCGUCCCCGACUGCCCGGGCCGGAUUACGUGCCCAAGAUGUACAUGUACCAUCGGUCCACUUGGGGCUAAUCGACCGACCGACUGACCACUCACCCAAUCAUCGCGAAUGUGCCCCCACGUAGUACGCCUGAGAUGAGCUAUUCAUAUUGAAUUUAAUUUGUGAACCUGUGAACGUGUGAAUGUGUUUGUGUUCCAACCCUCUUCAAGAGUCAGGCGUGGAUCAACAACUAUCAGAGUCAGAUGUCGAGCCUGGAAAAUGGUCUGUCUGCGUCGCCCCAAGAAGCAAGAUAUUUUGAAGAAUCUGAGCAUGAACAACGAGUGUUCAGUGAAGUGACUUUGCACAUUCGAAACUAUCGUGAGAGUGAAUCGUCGUCGUUGGUUCAUGGCUCAUUUACAUACAUACAUACAUACAUACAUACCUACAGUUCAUCUCUGCGUGUCUAUGUACUAGCUCGUACAAACAAUGUUCAUCCAUGUCUCUGUGCACCAAAAAUGGUUGGCUUACUUCUUCAAAACUCCGACAACAGCUAAUACUUCCAUGACUCCAUUACGGACGUGGCUUCGGCAGGGGCUGGCGGGUUGGUUGGAUGGAUGCUUGGAUGGAUGGAAGAAAUAUCGCUUUGACACGGGGUGAUGGUGAUGAUGAUGAUGAUGAUGAUGUUGUUUGUUGGUUGGUUAGUUAGCUGGUUUAGAUGGCAAUGACACCUUCUCCGGCGAAUGGGUUUCUUCCUCACACCCCGAUGAGGAGGCUUAUUAAAUCAUAAUCUCAAAAGGCUGUACCAACUCAUGUACGAGACUGCACACUACCUCUCCAUCCAGCUCAACCAGACCGAGGCAGGAAUGUGCAAUUGUGCAUGGACCACUCACUACAUACAUUCACUCACUCACUCCAUCUAUGUACUUACUCACUGUUUGAACCAUCAUCUGCUUGUACGCCAUUUUUCGCGACAACGCUCAUCAUGGAUUGCGGAAAUAAAUGUAUUUGUGCACAUGAGCCACAACGGCAAAUAGUACAGAUGUUCCUGUU